UGUGGUUGUUGUGCCGUUGAGAAGUCCCAAACAACAACUUACAGGAGAACUCACGCGGCGUUUAUUAUAGUGCGGAAAGACCUCACGACAGGAAUCUGUCAUCCGUCUCACCUGCGCCUUCCUCAGGAAGACGCGCCUGUGAGGCCCUCACAGGACGAGACCAGGGCUCAUGUGCGCGACUAGAUCGCCGGGGCCCACAACAACAACAUAGUGCGGAAAGAUUAGUACUAGCGCUUUAAAACACUCCAGAAGAUAAAUAUAAUAUAAUGCCAUUGACAAGCAGUGUGUGUGAAUGAGCAGAAGAGAGGAACAAGAGGAGGAGGACCUACGAAGCGAUACAGAAUGAUUGCGUUAAGAAGAUUAGUCCGGGCAAGCUUGAGUCCUCGUCCAUCCUGCCUCUCCCUUGCCUGCCAGAAGUAUGUGAAGGAGUUUGCGUUGAAUGUUUCUGUCCAAGGAAGGGAAGAAGGGACAGACGUGAGCGAUGUUGUUGAAGACACCUCAGACUCUGGGAAAACAAGAAGAACCAGAAAACUAAUCUCCACAGGCAGAAGAAAAAAGUCAGAUGCACUCUAUGCGGAAGACAAUGGAAUGGCCAACGGAACAGAGGAGAGUAUUCAGGGUCUCGUUCAAAAGCUUAAGCUCCUGAAAAAGGGAUCAAAGGGCAGACGCACACAGUACCUCAUGGACAGAAGCAUUGCGGAAACACUCGUCACAUAUUUGAAGAGAGGCCUUGGAGAAGAAGAUAUCCUGGUAGAUACGUCACCCGGUUUAGGCGUUCUGACUGGGAUCCUUUUGGCGGAGACCAGUAACUCGGUGGUUGCCUACGAGCCCAACAACAAACUGAAGUCCAACCUGGUAGCAUCUCUCUUGCCACAGUAUGCUCCUCGUCUUCAAAUCCCGACUCAGGAUUUCCACAAGUUCUACGGCUACUAUAUCGUGAGCCAGAGGGAGCCAGAGAACACAGUGUUGCAUGACUUCCUGAGCCCAAUGUUGAGAAGAGACAGGAAUGUUUACUCUCCUGUGAAAAUUUUGGGUGUGGUUUAUGAUUUAAGGUUUGUGAAGAGACUGAUCUACUCCUUCACCUUUCAGUGUUGCUUAUUUGAGAACAUAUCACCGGACCUGUACCUUUUUCUCCCCCAUAAACUGUACACCCAGGUUCAUGGCGGCCCAAAUCACGCUUACAAGUCUAUAAGUCUCAUCUUCCAAUAUUACUUUGACAUGGAGACCUUACAUGUGGUGUCCAAGGAAGGCUUCUAUCCCAUCUACACCAAAACAACGAAGAGAGAGGAAGAAGACGAAGGCAUCUAUUUAGUCAGGAUUUCGCCAAAGAAGGACUUUUUUGAUAAGGUGCCUCGGAAGGAGUUGGAGAGCUUCUUCUUCUUCAUCUACACAAUGUCUCGCCUCAAGAGGACAGACUCGCUUAUCGUCGGGAUGGAGCGCUGGAUCCCAGACUGUGGACCGGAGAUCAUUAAACAUGGAAUCCACGUCUUCGCACGUCCCCGAGAGCUGACAACCGAGGAGCUCUUCCUGGCUUACAAGAUCUUCAUAAGCCUACCGUCAUACCCCGAGUCUGUCUUCCAUUACCAGCGGCAGCAGUUCAUUGCCAGAGUCGCAGAGAAAACGGAUGUAGAAAUGGAGGAAAAGGCACCCGAUGAAAAUCUAGACUCUGAUGAUGAUGCGUUCUUGGAGGCUUGAAAUUGACACAGCUCAGAUACUCACUCCAGGCCCCCAGCGCGGCCCUCGGGUGACCCAGCAGAUUUCUGUGCGGCACAUCGGACACCGCAUCCAGUCGCAGCCCCACUUCCGCACCAGCAUCACCGAACACUUGGGGCACGGCAGACCAUCGCCGCGACGGAUCAUGUCCUGCGGGAUGAGAAUGAGGCAACACAUUAGAUCUCAUUGACUAAAAAUCUCGGAAACCAAAGGAGUGAGGAUAGAUUCAGGGUGUUUGAUGAUGGAUUAUGAUGUUUGAUUAUUAAUAACAUCACUGAGGAGGCAAAAACAGUCAUGGGAUAGAUAUUUUUCUUGUUGCUUUAUGAGAAUUUAAUAAUGCGAUUCCUUCCUCACUGAACUAGAUUUGUUAUGUAAAUAAGAGAAUAAACUCCACUUUAUUUUAUGGAUGUGUAAAUAUAUGUAAUACAAUUCAUAAUAUUUUCACCAUUGUUAUGUAAAUGUAAGAAACUUUUUGACAUGAAUAAACGCUGCGAAGACUUA